AUGGCUGUUACUGAGCACAAGGGGCUGGUGGGUCGGGUCAAACCCAUCAAGGUCAAACGUGGCAACGCGGUCACUACAUGGGGCAACGCCGCUCGGCGACAGACGGAGCUGAAACCUUUGAUCGGCCGACUGAGUGACAAGCUGCAAGCUGCUAAGGGCUCAUAUGUCGAGUUGUAG